UCUGACUUAUACAUAUUUUAUAUAUCAGGAAAGCAACCAAUUGCAUGCUGUAUGCCUCGAUACAUAUCCUCCUAUCUCCUACAUGACAGAUGUGUCCAGACAGAUUAUCUCACUCAUACAUUCAUUCAACAGUUAUCAUCACCAGAAUAAGGUUGCAUAUACUUUUGAUGCUGGCCCAAAUGCUUGUCUUUACCUUUUGGAAGAAGAUGUUGAAAUGGUUACAGCUGUCAUAAAACAUUUUUUCCCCCCAGCAGAUAGCAGUGAACAGUUUGUGACUGGUAUACCAGUUGUUACCGAGACAAUUGAUAAGGACUUUAUUUCUUCAGUGGCUCUGCCAGUACAACAGGGUGCAAUAAAAUAUAUGAUUCACACUGUACCAGGACCUGGUCCACAACUCUGUACAGACGGGAACGACUGUUUGCUUAAUGAAGAAGGUUUCCCAAAACAUUUGGUCUCAGAGAAGAGGAAAAUUGACUGUGUAUCAUGAGGUCCAGUAUUGUUUUAUCUGGUGCUAUCAGCCUCUGGUUAUACAGCGAAAGUGUGUAACAAGUAAGGUUAAAACAGUAUAUAAACACUGCAUGGAAUAUUUUUGCAGGUGUUACGUUUGAAAACACAGCAAAUGUGUCAGUGGAAAGUGAUACUAUCAGUAAAGGUCUUUAAAGUGAAUUGGUCUCUCAUCAAUAGCGGUUUCUAGCACAGUGUUCACUGUAGUGCAGGUUUAUGACAGAAUAUAAUUAUUCUAUUUACUAGUUUUAAUAUAUGAUAAUUUAUUUACAUACUGCCAAAAAUAGAAGCGCUAUAAUACUUUUUAUA